GCUUCUUCUUCUGGCCUCACCAUGGACCUUCAGCGCGCUGGCGUUCGGCUGCAGAUCGUGCUGGGACACCUCAGCAGACCCUCGGCCCCAGCGAUUGUAGCUAACCCCAUCUUAGGGCCAGCUUCCUCUGCCAGUUGCCAUCCUCAACAAUUCCAGUAUACUUUGGAUAAUAAUGUCCUAAGCCUGGAACAGAGAAAAUUUUAUGAAGAAAAUGGAUUUCUUGUCAUUAAAAAUCUGGUGUCUGAUGAUGACAUUCAACGUUUUCGAGCUGAGUUUCAAAGAAUCUGCAGAAAGGAGGUCAACCCACCAGGGAUAAUAGUAAUGAGAGAUGUGGCCAUUGCAAAACAGGAUUAUACACUAAGUGAGAAAGUGGUUUCGAAGAUCCAGGAUUUCCAAGAAGACCAGGAGCUCUUUAGAUACUGCACCCUCCCCCAGAUUCUGAAAUAUGUGGAGUGUUUCACUGGACCCAAUAUCAUGGCCAUGCACACAAUGCUGAUAAACAAACCUUCAGAUUCUGGCAAGAAGACCUCCCGGCACCCCUUGCAUCAGGAUCUGCACUAUUUCCCCUUCCGCCCCAGCGAUCGCAUUGUGUGUGCUUGGACCGCCAUGGAGCACAUUGACAGAAACAACGGUUGUCUGGUUGUGCUCCCAGGCACCCACAAAGGCACUCUGAAGCCACAUGGUUACCCCAACUGGGAGGGAGGGAUUAACAAAAUGUACCACGGCAUCCAAGACUACAAGAAGGACAAAAACAGGGUGCACCUGGUGAUGAAGAAGGGAGACACUGUUUUCUUUCAUCCUCUGCUCAUUCAUGGGUCCGGUCGGAACAGAACUCAAGGAUUCCGCAAGGCAAUUUCCUGCCACUAUGCCAGUUCUGAAUGCCACUACAUCAGUGUGAAUGGCACCAGUCAAGAAAACAUCCAGAGUGAAGUUAAAGACAUAGUAAACAGACGCUUUGGAAUGGAAACCAACAUUACCUUGGAGGAUAUCUGGACAUUUCGAGGCCGACUUGUGAAAGGAGAAAAAAUAAACCUUUGAAAUACUCUUCAAGAGUGGGGUGUGGCGAUGAAUGCCUGUAAUCCCAACACCAAAGAGACUAAGAAGGAACAUCGUGGGUUCGAGUACAGCCUGGGUUACAUAGCAAGAUGCCAUCUUCUCUCCUCCCCCCCAUAAACAAAACAAAAGAAUUAGCUCUUCAUUAUAAUUCUUUCAAAGGAAACACGAAAGUAAAGCAAGACCUCUAAGGAAAAUGUUUCCUUAUUGGAAUGAUGUCAUCUUUCCUAUCACCUGUUUACAAAAUCAAGACACAUGUACUGGGGACUUAAUUGCCCAGAGUUAAUUAUGUGGAGUGAACUAAUGCUGUUUUAAGAA